AGCCUUGGUGGUGUGUUGGAGAACAUCACUUUGUUUAACAUUGUUUUUUUCCAUUUUAUUAGGAAGCAAUUGUGCCAUGUAUUAUUUAGGUGCAUAUUUAAUUUACUGCACUGACUUGUGAUGUUUUGAAAUGUAGUUUAACUGUGAACAUUUUAGUGUCAAUUUACCAAAACUUUUGUAAACUGAUCCUGGAUGCCUCCCUGUAAACGUGGCAAACCUGCUAUAUAAAUAGGUGGUUCAUAAAAAAAAAAAAAAAAUUGUUAUUAGCUGUCAAUAGAGACAAAAAAACAAACAGCAAUAAUGGACGCAGUUAAUUGCAGGGUUCAGGGUAAAUUGCCCCCACACAGUCAUGACCUUCAUUCAUUCACUGACAUCAAAUAUUCAAAUGCAAAUGAGCUGGUGGAUGACAGCCUGUAAAAGCUGUCCUAUAAAUACGGACACACACACCAUCCUCUUCUCCUCGCAGGGCCUGACGGAGGUGAUCCUGCAGAGAGGGAGAGAAGGAGGAAGGAGAAGAAGGUUGUUUUUUUAUAGGGUUGGGAUGUCUGUUAUUGGCGCGCAGCCUUUCAUCAAACCAAUGCAGCCAACACCUUCAGUUUCACCUGGUAUCCAGAGGAGACACACACUCCCAGCCAGCGAAGUCCGGCCGCUCAACACACAAGAUGCCAUAAGCGUCUUUGAAAUCGAGCGAGAAGCAUUUAUCUCAGUGUCAGGUGAUUGUCCCCUCCACCUGGAUGAGGUACGUCAUUUCCUCACACUGUGUCCAGAGCUGUCCAUGGGCUGGAUUGAGGAGGGCCGGCUGGUGGCGUUCAUCAUCGGCUCCCUCUGGGACAAGGACAGACUUGAUGCAGACGCACUGACUCUCCACAAGCCCCACGGCUCCACUGUCCACAUCCACAUCCUCGCCGUCCAUCGCACCUUCAGGCAGCAGGGCAAAGGUCCCAUUCUGAUGUGGCGCUACCUGCAGUACCUCCGCUGCCUGCCCAACGUGCGCAGAGCGGUGCUCAUGUGCGAAGACUUCCUCAUCCCCUUCUACCGCAAGUCGGGGUUCAAGGUGCUGGGGCGCUGUGCCAUCACCGUGGCCAACCUGACCUUCACGGAGAUGUGGUACCCCAUCAGCGGCCACGCGUACAUGCGGCGCAACAGCGAGGCCAUCCGUUUCCCCCAUCAUCCCUUGACUCUGCCACUGACAAAGACUGAUGAACACCUUGAUGUAUGACAUGGUGGUGACGUUUUUUCACUGAGAUAUAUCUGCACAGGUUGUCUUUCAUUUAACAUCAGUGUUGUGCUCUUUGGAGGAUAUGUCAGGCUUUUCUCAGUUUAAAGGGGAACACCUCCUAAAAUAAGAAUUCCAAUAUGUUAUUUCCAUGACCUAGUAAAGUGCAAUCAAUAUUUGUGAACAUGAGCUACACCGUCUCAAAGCCAGAAACCAGAGAAAUAAGUCUAAAACUUGUGAUGUCAUAGGGUAUAAAGUCUAGAGAUGCUCCACAGACAAUGAACGGGAGAUUUUGUGGACCCACAGAAAGUUUGUCUUCUUUUUUAUACUCAAAUG